AUGAAUGAAGAUGGAGAAUCAUCAUGGAUGAGCACAUGGCAAGGUGAGGAUGAAAGUUCAAAAGACGGAGCCGAUGAUACUUUUCCAGCAUUAAGAGGAAAUAUUGGAGAUUGGUCAUCAUUUAUGAUAGCCAUGGAUGAUGAAGAUGGAAAAGAACUUACAAAAUCAUUAUCAUCAAUUAAUUUAAAAUUAAAUAAACAAUCUGCUGGUAAUACUAGUAGUAAUAAUUUUGGAGCAAAUCAUCCACUUUCAUCAAUCCAGUCAUCAGCAAAUACAUCAACAACAUCAUUAACAAGUUCGCCAAAUAAUAAUAAUAAUAAUAAUAAUAAUAAUAAUAACAAUAAUAAUAUACCAAGUAAAUUAAAAGGUUCAACUGGAAUUUCUUCACCUUCACCUUCAUCACCAUCAACAUCAUAUACAAAUUUAAAGGGUAGUUCAGGAAUUUCAACAGCUCCAUCAUCACCAUCAACUUCGUCAACAAGUUUAAAAUCAUUUUUUGGUGGAAAUUCAGGAGGAAAUUCAUUACAAAAUUCACCAUCGGCUUCAUCAACAAAUUUAAAGGGUAGUUCAGGUAUUCAAAAUCCAAAUAAACCAAUAAUUGGUUCAUCAAAACAAAAACAUGUUCACCAACAAUUUUCCAAAACCAAUUUUUCCAAUUUAUCAGCUUCCAUUCAUUAUGAUGCAAAUAAUUCAUCCUCUUCAUCACCAACAUCAGGUUCACCAAUUACUCCACCAAUUUCUUUAUCAAAUUCACCAAAUCUUCAAAGUAUUCCAAAAAUGAAUUUAAGUAAUAAUAACAAUAAUAAUGGUUCAUUUAGUUCAUCACCAGGUAAUUUAGCAUCAUCACCACCAUUAUCAUCAUCUAAAGAAUCUGAAACAUCAUUUUUUAAUUUAUUUAAUAGAAAGAAAAAAGAAAAAGAAAAAUCAUUUACUGGUGGUAAUAUUUCAGGUCAUCAACAACAAAGUACAAUUAGUACUUUAUCAAUUGAUAUUCAUGAUGGUAGUUCAACAAUGUCAUCACAUAUGGAAUUUUCAUAUUUGGAAGAACAUGAAGAUACAACAUCACAUGCAUCAGGUUUAGAAAUGUCAAUGAGUAGUGAUAAAAUUUAUGAAGGUUGGAUGGAAAUGUAUAUUCAAAAGAAAUGGAAAAAGAAAUGGUGUGUACUUCGUGGCAUUCAUUUAGAAUAUUAUAAAGGUUGGUGGGAAGAUCAACAAGGUGCACAAGAUAGUGAAGAAUGCGGUAAAAUUUUAUUAAAUUAUUGGUAUACCUUUUCAAAACCAGUUUUAACCGAUGCUAAAUUCCAUUUUCAUAUUACUCAAGGUUCAGAAGUUGAGAAAGCAACUGGACUUGGUAAUGUUACAAAACUAAAAUUUAGAUUGGAAGAAGAACAUAUUGCAAAGAAAUGGAUUGAUGAAUGUGAGAGAGUAAUUAAAAAGAGAAAAGAAACAACAGUAACACUAAGACCAUUGGCUGAACAUAAAUCUGGUGGUAUUUUAGGUAAUAUAGGUAGAGGCAGAAGUAAUACUGUUUCAAUGCCAUCAUUUGAAGCGGUUCCAGAAUCAAAAGGUCCAAAAGUUUGUAUACCAAAUGAAUUGGUAGAUUGUUUAGAACCCGAUGAAAAGAUACUUUUGGAUAAAGUUAAACUUUUAUUGGAUGAAUUUCCACCAAAACCAUUACCACCUGGUGAAACACCAUCAUCUUAUCGUGCAAAACCAAGAUCAAGUGAUGGAUAUUAUCGUGUUUUAUCAUUGGAUGGUGGCGGUUUAAGAUCAGUUAUGGUUUGUGUAUUAAUUGAACGUAUAGCUAAACGUUAUCCAAAGUUUUUAGAACAUGUUGACGUUUUCACAGGUACAUCAGCUGGUUCUAUCGUUGCUGCUGGUUUAGCAUUUGAAUUCCCACCAAAAGGUACACGUCGUGUUUUAGAAUUGACCGCAUUACCAGUAUUUGGUAAGAAAAGACCAGGUUUCAAUAUGGGUAAUGCAAAAUAUUUUGCACGUGUUUUACGUGCCUCUUGUUAUGUUUUCUUCCAAGAUAGAAAGUUUUAUGAAGCACAAAGAAAACUUGUAGUACCAGCUUUUCAAUUGGAUAGUGCAUGGCCACCCGAAGCUGCCCAAUUACAACCAGAAGUUCGUAGAUGGCAACCACGUGUUUUCCAUAAUAUUGGUAAAUGUGAGGGUUACCUUGAAACCGAUGUAAUUGGUGAUGUGCUAUUAAGAUCAGCAUCAGCACCAACUUAUUUCCCAUCUUAUCAAGGUUAUAUCGACGGUGGUGUAUUUGCAAAUAAUCCAGCGCUAUCAGCAAUUUCAUUGGCAAUGUCACCAAGUUUAGAUCAAAUUCCAGCGGAUAAAAUCAUUUGUCUUUCAAUUGGUACAGGUUCAUCUUCACACUAUAUGGAAGGUGGCCAAGAUUAUGAUUGGGGUCUUUUAAAUUGGGCACCAAAAUUGGGUAAUCUUUUAAUGGGUUCACAAGUUGAUUAUCUCACUCAACUUUGUGAGAAUAUGUUGGGUCAAAGAUUCCAUCGUUUAAAUCCUGAAUUGGGUGAAAAUACUUCAAUGGAUGAUCCAAAAUUGGUUUCAGAAUUAGCAACUCUUGCAAAUACUAUUGAUCUAACUAAAACUUUUGAAUUUGUUGAAAAAUAUUUCAUUUUACCAGAAGAUCUUGAACAACCACCAACUUCACCAACAUCAACCAAUAUUAACUCUACACCAAAUUUAAAUCUUGGUAAUCUUAAACCAGACUUAAAUGAUACAACUUUAUCACCAAGAACUCUAUAUGUAAAUAAUAGUACAGGUAGUUCAGAAUCACCACGUAAUAUAACACCACGUAAUAUAACACCACGUAAUAUUUCACCAAGAAAUAACGAUAUUGAUUCUUCAAUACCAUUAACUCCAAGAUAA